AUGGCUGCAGACUUCGGGAUUCGUCCUGGAAGUCGUAUGGUCUUUACCGGGGUUGUUACCUUGUUCGUCCAUACCAGCUUCUGCUCGAAACCGCUCGGGGCACGCGUUGGGCGUGGGGGUGAGAUUGCGAUUCGAGUUCUUCUGAGCGCCCGCGAGCUCGGUAUUACAACGAUUGCCAUAUUUACUCAAGAUGAUCCUAACCAUACGACGCUCGCCGAUGAGGCAAUUCUUCUUGACUCGCCGAAAGACUUUGUCGACGUUGCUAAAAUAGUCUUCAUUUGCCUUGAUCAGAAAGCUGAUUCCCUUCAUCCACCCUAUGGGUUUCUGUUAGAAAAUCCUGAGCUUGUGAAACGCCUGGAACAGGCCGGAAUCACAUUUAUUGAGCCAACGGCACAAAUUCUACGCGAAACAAGUGAUAAAACCCUUGCUUGCUCGUUAGCUCUUCGCAAUGGCUUCCUGGUUCUUGCAGCCUCGGACGCGACGACUAGGUGUAUCCAAGAUGCGAAGGCUUUCAUCAACUCGGUGGGAUAUCCUGUCAUGAUCAAAGCGGUCGACGGAGGUGGCGGACGUGGCAUCAGCCUGGUCGAGGGAGCUGCGGACCUUGAGACCUCUUUUUCUCGUGCCUGCGGCGAAUCGCCUAGCGGUAAUGUCUUCAUGGAGAAGACGGCUAUUCGCGGCUUCCGGAACAUUGAAAUUCAGAUGAUAGGUGACAGCUACGGAGAGGUCACGCACUUAUGGAAACGUGAGUGUAACAUUCAAAGAAGGUUCCAAAAGGUGAUUGAGCUGGUUCCAUCCACGAUCAAGGAUCGCUGUGUUAUUCGAGAAGUGAUCAAUAGCGCCGUACGACUAGCUCGCAGCAUCCGCUAUCAGUCACUCAGCACAUUUGAAUUCUUGGUGCACGAAUCCUCCGGGGAAUCCUACUUCCUUGAGGUCAAUCCGCGCGUUCAGGUUGAGCACACCGACACCGAAGAGGUGGCAGGCAUCGACAUUGUGCGUUCGCAGCUGCUUCUCGCGCUUGGUAUUCCUCUGCCAGAUCUCGAUCUACCUUCAAGCCAGUGGGAUGACAGUUCUUCAAUGCGACAGCACGCCAUCCAGCUUCGAGUGACCGCCGAGGACGCCAAAAAAGGUUUCACGUUGAGCAUGGGCCGUAUUUCCAAUCACAAGUUACCAGAAGGUCAAGGUAUUCGCGUGGAUACUCAUCUCAGGCGUGCCAACAGUACGACAGUGGGACCUGCCUAUGAUUCUUUGCUAGCUAAAGUCAUCGUCAGAGCAUCUACCUCCGAGACAACAGGACAGAAAGCUAUCCGAGCAUUGCAUGAUUUUCAGAUAACGGGCGUUCAGAGCAACAUACCAGUUCUCCUAGGGGUGCUGCAAUCAGAAGACUUCAUUCGGGGCGCAUGCUCGAUACGAUGA